CCGCCCCCUCCGCUUGAGCAACUUUGUGCCCUGCACAUUAUUCCUCCCUCCCUGAGUCCGGCCCGCAGUGGGGGUAGCAGGCUGGAAGUUCGUCCCUCUCCGUUGCAGUCCGGUUCGCUCGUGUUGCCCCGCUGUUCGCAAAGCACCGACUCCGCUCUGCAGACAUGACACCUGUCCUCCAGAUAUGUGCUGUCAUUUUCGCAUCAGCGCUCUUGCAGACUGCGACAUCGGCCCACCUCAAUGACACCAUUUUUGCAGUGACUGUCAGCUCACGCAUCACAGGAGGAAAACAGGAGACCCUGUGUGCCCAGAUCCAUGGCCCCACAGAGCCCGUCUCUCUGACCGUCUCCCUUGACAUGGACUCUGGCAGCACCGUCAUCUUAGAGGAGGCUGUCAAACAGGACUUUUACCGCUGCUUAAACUUCCAGGUCCCUGCAGUGCACCACAGCAUGGUGGCAAGCAUUAAUGUCACUAUUCAGGGGGAGAAUGCCUUGAUGACCAAGAAGACCAAAGUUCUUAUCGAGCCUCCUGCUUUCAUCCAUAUCGUCCAGACUGAUAAACCUAUCUACAAACCUGGACAGACUGUCCAGUUCCGAAUUGUCUCCAUGGAUGCCAAUUUCAUCCCUGUAGCUCGAGUGUACACAUUGGUGGAGAUCCAGGAUCCCAAUUCAAAUCGCAUUGCCCAGUGGUUGGAUAAGCCCAUUGUUAGUGGCAUCCUUGAUCUUGCCUACCCCGUGAUUCCUGAGGCAGUACAAGGAAGAUACACAAUCACUGCCUCAACGGACAAAGGAGAGCAAAUAUCCCACAGCUUUGACAUCAAGGAAUACGUUUUGCCAAAGUAUGAGGUAAUGGUCCACCUGCCCAGUGUUAUAACCAUCCUGGACCAAGAGGCAACGCUAAAGAUUUGUGGAAAAUACACCUAUGGGAAACCAGUUGUUGGUUCAGUCAGGGCAGUGUUUUGUAGAAAUGCCAUCCGCUUUUACUGGUAUUCAGCCACCCAAGGAAAUGAUAUCUGCAAGAUUUAUCAACUGACUACGGAUAAAAGUGGUUGUGCUACACAAACCGUAAACUUGGCAGAGUUUUCUCUCAACAAGAGCAUGUACGAUGACAGUUUUGAGGUGAAUGCUGAAAUGGAAGAGUAUGGCACAGGGGUCAUUCUUAAAGGCAGUGGGCGGACCAGCUUCAGCUCUCACAUCAGAACUGUCACCUUUGAGGAUGUACCUGCAGCUUACAAACCUGGUAUUCUGUUUGAAGGAAAGGUCAAAGUGGUGGGUCCAGACAAUAAGCCUGUCGUCAAUGAGCCGGUGUACCUGUUUGAAAAUGACUCACAAAAUGUAACCCUCACUACAGACAAGGAUGGCAUGGCUUCAUUCUCUCUUGACACCUCCCUCUGGAAGGAUACUGUGAAUCUGAGGGUGAAGUCUAAAAAGACAAAAGAGGAUGAACCAUACGUGCCCAAUAUACGUAGACCGGAGUACAGGUCGGCCCACCUUUAUGUUGCUCCAUUUUACUCCAAGAGCAGUAGUUUUUUGAAGCUCAUGCAGAUCAGCAGGAAGAUCUCCUGUGACAAAGAUGCAACUGUGCGAGCUCAGUACAUCAUCCAGGGGCAGGAGCUAAAGAAGGGACAGGAAGUCCUUGACUUCUUUUACCUGGUGAUGUCCAGAGGUGGGAUUGUGCAGCACGGCCAUAUUCCAGUGGCUGUUAAAGCGGGAACUGUCAACAAAGGAGAGCUGUCUGUAUCACUCAGACAGGUGACAAACCUAGCACCAUUUGCCCAGAUUGUAGUUUACACAUUGAUGCCCAGUGGAGAGGCUGUGGCCGACAGCCAGGACUUCCCCAUUCAGCUCUGCCUCAAUAACAAGGUGUCUCUGAAGUUCUCCUCCGUCCAAAAGCUUCCAGCAGAGAAGAUCACACUCGGUCUCCAGGCUCACCCAGGCUCCAUGUGUUCUGUUAGAGCCAUCGAUCAGAGCGUUCUCCUGCUGCAGCCAGAGCAAGAACUCACUGUUGAUUAUGUAUACAGUCAGCUGCCUUUACAGAGGUUGUCAGGAUACACCUAUGAGGUUGAAGACUUUGAGCCAUAUCCCUGUUUCCCUUUGCCAAUGCCAGAGACUGAACCAGAACCAGAACCAGAGAUUGAGGUCGACGUGCCGGCAGCUCGUCGAGGAACGCGCUCUGUCUACUUUGGACAGUCAAAUCAGAAGGAUGACGUCUACAGCAUCUUUAAAGAAAUUGGAAUCAAGAUUGUGACGAACUCUGAUGUGAAAAAACCUCAUAACUGCCACAUCAAUUAUAGGGAUCAAUAUUAUUAUGAUACGGAUCUCGUAGAUUCUGUUCCUGUUCCCAUGGCCUUCAACAUGAUGCCACAGAAUUCAGGUGGUGUGCUGAAAGGUAAAGAGGAGAAGAAGGAAACCGUCAGGACAUUCUUCCCCGAGACCUGGAUCUGGGACCUAGUUACUGUGGGAGACAGUGGGUCAGUGAAUGUAGAGAAGACAGUCCCUGACACCAUCACUAAGUGGGCAGCUGGAGCUUUCUGUGUGUCCUCUGUUGGCUUCGGCGUGUCGCCCAACAUUGGACUGACUGUGUUCCAGCCAUUCUUUGUCAGUCUCACCUUGCCUUAUUCUGUCAUCCGUGGAGAGGUCUUUACACUCAAAGCCACAGUCUUCAACUAUCUCUCCAAAUGCAUUAUGGUGAAAGUAGUAUUGGCUGAUUCAAACAACUACACCUUCAGAAACUGCGAUGGCUGCCAGUACAGUGUGUGUCUGUGUGGAGAGGAGAGCAGGACCUUCUCAUGGAUUGUUACUCCAACCACCCUUGGUGAGGUGAGUCUGAAGGUCAGCGCCAAGGCCCUGAAGACUGAUAUACUAUGUGGGAACGAGGUGGCCACCGUCCCCGACGUGGGCCAGAUCGACACAGUGAUCCGCACCCUGCUGGUCGAGGCUGAAGGAACACCACAGAUGGUCAGUCACAACGCUCUCCUCUGUCCUGCAGAGGGUCCAGUGGAGAAGAAAAUCUCUCUUCUGAUGCCUGAGAUGUUUGUGGCUGGAUCAGCCAGGGCCUCUGUCUCUGUACUGGGUGAUCUGAUGGGCCGGGCCAUGAAGAAUCUGGAUAAGCUCCUGGCCAUGCCGUAUGGCUGUGGGGAGCAGAACAUGGUGCUUUUUGCUCCCAACAUCUUCAUCCUUAACUACCUGAAAAGCACUGGUCAGCUGACUAAGGAGAUUCAGGACAGGGCAACACGCUUCCUUGAGAGUGGAUAUCAGAGAGAGCUCACCUACAAGCAUGAUGACGGCUCCUACAGUGCCUUUGGGAAGAGUGAUGAGUCUGGAAACACAUGGCUGACCUCUUUUGUGAUGAAGUCCUUUGGUGGGGCAAGACCAUACAUUUUUGUGGAUUCCAGGCACAUUAAAGAUGCAUGGAGGUGGCUUUCACAGCACCAACGACGUGAUGGCUGCAUCAGAUCUGUUGGAAAACUCUUCCACAAUGGCAUGAAGGGAGGAGUGAGUGAUGAUGUGUCCCUGACAGCCUACAUCACCGCUGCCAUGCUCGAGCUGGAUGCCAACAUCACAGAUCCCGUUGUACAGAACUGUCUCAGCUGUCUGAAGGUAGCAUUGGCCGGCCAGAUGGACAACCUGUACACCACUGCCCUGCUGUCAUACACCUUCACUCUGGCUGGAGAUCAGGAGAGGAGGAGUAAACUCAUCACAGACCUGCACCAGAAGUCCAACACACAAGGGGGCACCCGUCACUGGGACAGAGCAGGGGCUUCUGAGAAAGGCCUGGACUCUCUGGAGGUGGAGAUGACCUCCUACGUGCUGCUGGCUCUGCUCUCCGGUCCAGCCAUGCCAGAGUUUGGUUUGGACUACUCCUCUGGCAUCGUUCGCUGGCUUGCUCAGCAGCAGAACCCAUACGGCGGCUUCUCCUCCACACAGGACACGGUGGUGGCCCUCCAGGCACUGGCUAAGUACGGAGCUGCCACCUACAGUGCGGAGGGCAGCACUGCAGUGACAGUGACCUCAUUAGGAGGCCUGAACAAAGAGUUCACAGUGGAUCAGAGCAACAGGCUGCUGUACCAGGAGGAGAAGCUGAAUGAGGUCCCUGGAGAGUACACAAUCCAAGCCCAGGGCCAGAGCUGUGUGCUGGCACAGAUCUCCAUGCAUUACAACAUCCCUCCUCCCCCUGACUUCUCUGCCUUCAACAUCUCUAGUGAUACCAUGGCCAAGUGUAACAUCAGCAGGCCUCAACUCAUCCUCUUUGUGCAUGUCAGAUAUCAGGGCAGGAGAGAGGAAACCAACAUGGUGAUCAUCAACAUCAAACUCUUGUCUGGCUACAUUCUGGAUAAGAGCUCUCUGAAGCUGCUGAAGAGUUUCUCCUCAGUGAAACGUGUGGACAUGGAGGAGGGAUUCAUCAACAUCUACUUAGAUGGGCUGAAGAAGGAUGAGACCAUCACAUACAGUGUGACACUAGAGGAGGAUCAGCCUGUCAGGAACCUGAAACCAGCUGUGGUUAAAGUCUAUGAUUACUACCAGACAAGUGAUGAGGCAGUAACUGACUACACAUCCCCCUGUGCAGAGAAUGACAGCAUCAACCAACUGUAAGAAUCCCUGCGAAGUCCAGACAGCUCUUCUGUCAGAAGAAUCACUGUUUUCAAGAAAGAAACUUCUAGAUGUUUAUUUUUUUUCUUAGACUGUUUAAUUUUUUUUUACCCUUUUUAAACCUUUUUAGCCGUUUUGUUGCGUGAAUCCCUCUUUUCAUGUAUUUUUAGAAAUAGAUUUGUACUUUUUCUCUUUUUUUGUUUAUGUUUUAUUUCCUGUCACAUGGUAUCAUCAGAUUAUAACCGUUAGUAAUGAACCAAUAAUUAGUCUCUCUCCUCAACACUGGAAACUUGACAUUAUAACCUGCUGAAUUCAAGAAAGGCAGACAAUACUCUGUAACAGAUUUGUUUUUAAUAGAUUUGACAAAAUCCAUAUUAUUCAUACCUGAAAGUGAUGCAUGAGACGUACAGGGUACCAAUAACACAGUAUGGUCCGAGUAUUGAUUCUGAGUGUGUGUGCCUGUGUGUAUGUCUAUGGAACAGGAACUACUUUCUAGAAAAAAAAAGUACAGUCAUGUGAGUGCUAGGUGAGUUAUUCUGUGUGUGUUCUGCUGUACCAGUAAUAAAAAAGGUAGAUUGAUACAUCACUACCGUACAAUUUAAAAUGUAACUGACUGACAAUAAAAUUUCUAAAAUGACAAAAAUAAGUAAAAA